AUGUCUUCUCCUGAAAUUUUAUCACCGGUUUCCAUAUCACGUGUUGGAAAUGCUAAUUCUUCUGAUUCGAAUACUUCUUUGGUCAAGUUAUCGACCUCUUCUUCUCGUAAUUCGAUUAAAUUAACGUCUACUCAGGUUCAAUCGAUGCUCAGAAUAAAACCUGAACAAUAUACUAUAAUAGAAACUACCGGAAAGCGCAAAUCUGAUUGUUGGUCUUCAUUUGGUUUUCCUGCCAUCGUUAAGAAGAAUAGUGAUCCUCAGCGAAUUGAUGGCUUCGUGUCAUGUAAGAAAUGUUUUACUACUUAUUCAUUUGUGUCAAAUAGUACUCGAAUGCUGAGUCAGCAUAAUUGUGAAAGUUCAAAAAAAAGAAAUAAAAUAUUAGAAGCAAAUGGAACCUCUACAACACAAGAAUGUUUAACUUCAUUUUUUCGAGCAAAACAAACAAGUUUGAAAGAAUCUGAAAUUAUGAAGAUAAAAGAUUUACAAGUUGAAUGGAUUUGUCAAAGUAUUCGUCCAUUUUCAAUCGUUGAAGAUAAUGGACUACGUCGAUUGAUUCAAGAAUGUGUAUCAAUCGAUGAUCGUUAUGAAAAUGUAAAUGUAGAUCAAGUGUUGAGAGAUGCCGAUGUGACUGCUGCUCAUAUUUCUAAACUUGCUGAAAAACAUCGAGCUCGUAUCAGCGAAGAACUACUUAAACCUCUUCAAAACGAUGCUGUUACCUUUUGUCCCUAUAUGUGGAGUGAUCCUGUUUAUCAGGUUUCUUAUCUAGGAAUUACUGCUACAUUCGUCAAUGAUCAAUUCGAAUUUCGAUCAUAUGAUCUUUGUUGCUCUCCAUUUGAAGAAGAAGACAAAACUGUUGAAAGUAUCUUUGCAGUAAGUAUUCGUUUCUUUCGGCUUCGACUGCUCGAAUUACUCGAGUCAAUAUUUGUCUUGGAAUCUAUUCAUUUCGCAGCUACAUUUUUGCAUCCACGAUACAGAUAUCUUCGCAAAUGUUCAAAUGCUCAAAUUAAUGCUUGCAAAAGUUAUGUCCGAAGGCAUCUCAAAGAAAUAUCUGAACGUGAAAAUUUAAAACAUGUGCUACUUACUCGAGAAUCUGAACAAACAAGUGAUCAGAACGGUGCUCCUGAGCCACCUCUCAAGAAAAAGAAAAGAUUCAGCGAAGAAUAUAAACCAGGUGAUAUUGGCGAUGAAUAUGGUGAAACAGAAGAUGAAGUCGACAAAUAUUUAUCGAUGCGCAUUGAUCCUGAACUGGUCGUUGAUAAUCCUUUAGUAUUUUGGAAGUUUCACCAGAAAAAUUUACCACUAUUAUCGAAGUUGGCUCGAAUGAUCCACUGCAUUCCAGCAACUACAGCAACAGUCGAAUGA